AUGUUCUCGGAUCAACCUAACGUUAAUGCCAGCAAAUCAUCACGUGCUCAAAAAAAGGGAACCAAACGAAAACAAGGAAAUCAGCAAGAAGAGGAACAAGAUGAUCAUCAAAAUUCAAUCGUGAAUGAUGAAGAGGCAAUGCAAGAUGGAGAUGAAGAAUUACUCAAUGUCGGACAAGAUUAUGUCGAUUAUGAUGAUGGAACCUCUGAAUCGGGUCCACUCAUUGUUGAUUUUGAUGUGAAUGUUCCGGAUUUAGAGAAGGAUUACUUUGGUGUCGAGCUAUAUGUCAGAAAUUAUUUGCAAGGAAAUGAAUUUAAUUAUGUUGAAAUGACUGAGCUCUUGUUGGGUGAUGAACAAAACAAAAUUCCAAAUCCAUUGACUUCAGUGAUCAAGACUGCUAAUGAUAAUGCUUCUUCUUCAUCAGUACCAAGUAAUACUAGCAACAAGGCAGAAUCGAGUGAGCAAAAGUCGCAGCAGGCCACCUCGAGCGCCAUGAAAGAUGACGAUGAAGUCGAUCCAAGUCAAUGGGAUUGGACCAUGGACAUGUAUGGACUUGUUUCUCUGUUGGACUAUAAACUUCUUAAAAAGAAGCAAUGCAUGAAGCAAAUCAAAGCGUUUGUUCUGCAAAAAUGUGCAGAUAAGGACAAGUAUGCCAAGUUAUGUGAAGUUUUUGACAAUUCAAAACUGGGAAUUAUUGUGAAUGAGAGAGUGAUAAAUUUACCAUAUGAGGUUGGAGGCAUGCUUCAUGAAAAUUUGUUUGAAGAAUUAGAGAGGGAACAAAAAGAAAAUAAUUUCACAAAAUUCCAAUAUUAUUUGAUUCUCACAAAAGUGUUCCACAUGAAGAGCCCAUUGGCUGGACAAGUGAAGAAGGUCAAAGAUGAAGCUCUGUUCUACAAACCAGAAGAGCAAUUUUAUUAUGAGAGAGCAUUUGUUUCUUUUACUUAUCCAAUCAAGAGUGAUUAUACUGAAGACUCGUCCACAGUGACACUCACAGACGAUACAUUCCAACAGGGACUUUGCAUGAUUAUUGAAAGCUCUAAAAUGCGAAAGAUUUUGAAAAAGAUUAAGGAUGAAUUAAUUCCUAACUCGAAUAAUGCUGCUGCUAGCACAACAAAUGACAACCAAGAUGAAUAA